AUGACAGACGAGUCUAUCCAUCGUCAACUUCGUUACCAACCCGGUGCUGUCGUAUUAGAUGAGGAGAAGGAUCCCAAAGUCAUCCAGUCACUGAAUUCCCCCGAGAAUGGUAGUCUUUCACCACGCACUUCUCCAAACGAAUUUGAACAAGAUCGCAUAAUACAAGGAAACGAAAAGUUCAACCGACUUGGCUGGAAACGCCUGACCAUUUGCCUUAUUGUGGAAGCUAUCGCUCUGGGUAGCUUGAGCCUCCCUGCGGCAUUCUCAACACUUGGCAUGGUUGCUGGAGUCAUCUCGUCUGUUGUCAUCGGUCUCAUUGCCACUUAUGCAGGCUACAUUGUUGGAGCUGUGAAGAUCAAAUAUCCAGAGAUUGAGAAUUAUCCAGACAUUGGGAGAUUACUCUUUGGAGAGACCGGAUUCUGGAUCAUAACCUGCGCUUUCGUGAUUGGAAUCAUGCUAGGCGUUGGUUCUCAUUGUCUGACUGGUAUCAUUGCUUUUGUGAGAAUCACAGACAGUGAUAUUUGCACAGUGAUAUUUGGGCUGAUUUCAACUAUCAUCCUUCUCUUGGCUGCUAUUCCACCGUCGUUUGCGGACCUUGCCAUCUUGGGGUACAUCGAUUUUGCAUCAAUUAUCCUAGCCAUAGGCAUCACAAUAAUUGCUACUGGGAUACAGAUUUCUCAAAGUCCUGGUGGUCUAUCAAGCUCAACGUGGUCAGCCUGGCCUAAGGAGGACGCUGAUUUUCCGAAAGUGAUGGUUGCACUCAACAAUAUCGUCUUCGCAUAUUCAUUUGCUCCUACCUUGCCAUCUUUUAUGGCUGAAAUGCAUACUCCAAAGGAUUAUGUCAAGUCAGUCUACGCAAUUGGACUGAUCGAGAUCGUCCUUUACACAUUGAUCGGAUCCCUUGUCUAUUACUUCGUCGGCCAGGAUGUGCAGUCUCCUGCAUUGCUAUCAGCUGGACCCCUGAUCUCGAGAAUUGCCUUCGGUGUUGCUCUCCCAGUCAUCUUCAUUUCCGGUUCAAUCAAUACCUCCGUGGUUGCUCGAUAUAUCCACGGCCACAUCUAUCGAGACUCCGUCGUACGCUAUGUGAAUACGAAAACCGGCUGGGUUACAUGGAUUGCACUCGUGACGGUCCUUACUUUCCUCUCGUGGAUCGUUGCUGAAGCAAUCCCUGUGUUUUCGGACAUGUUAUCUAUCACUGCUGCCUUGUUAAACUCUGGGCUCUGCUUUUAUGUCCCUGCUAUCAUGUGGUUUGUUCUCCUCAAAGAGGGAAGUUGGUUUUCAUGGGAGAAUAUUCGAACUGCCUUCUAUAACGGGCUCGUUUUUCUGCUUGGGAUCGGAAUCCUCGUCUGCGGCAUGUAUGCCAAUGUUCUCAAUCUGGUAAGCGAGACCAUCAUCUAG